CCUAAAUCUUGAACACAAGAGAGACAAAGAAAGAGUAAAGAUGUGUAGAGGGUUUGAGAAAGAAGAAGAGAGAAGAAGCGACAAUGGAGGAUGCCAAAGACUAUGCACGGAGAGUCACAAAGCUCCGGUAAGCUGUGAGCUUUGCGGCGAGAACGCCACCGUGUAUUGUGAGGCAGACGCAGCUUUCCUUUGUAGGAAAUGCGAUCGAUGGGUCCAUUCUGCUAAUUUUCUAGCUCGGAGACAUCUCCGGCGCGUGAUCUGCACGACCUGUCGGAAGCUAACUCGUCGAUGUCUUGUCGGUGAUAAUUUUAAUGUUGUUUUACCGGAGAUAAGGAUGAUAGCAAGGAUUGAAGAACAUAGUAGUGAUCACAAAAUUCCCUUUGUGUUUCUCUGAUUUUAUGUUUUGUUUUUCGCGUAAUUAAGAUUAAAUAUUGGUAGGGUUUUUUCUCUGGAAAUGUUCUAAGAAUGUAUAUUUUCAUUCUAAAGCUUAAAAGUAAUAUAUGAACACCUAGAAAACAUAUUGAUUUAAUAGUAAAAUAAUGCGGUCCCAAUAGUAAGCUAUAAGAAAUCAAGAACAAAUCUUCCUAUGGCAAACAUAAUCUGCCUUUAUUCUUUGGCUUUAUUUUUCUUAACUAGGAAAAC